AUGGAGGAGGAAAAACUUUGUGCAAAAUGUAAAAAAGCUGGAUCUGCUGCAAAAUGUUAUGGAUGUCAACAAUCAUAUUGUAUUCCACAUUUUGUAAAACAUCGAUUAUAUCUUGCUAAAAAAAUGGAUAUUAUUCAUGACAUACAUGAAAAUUUACAAAAAUAUGUCAAUGACAAGGAUUUUGAACAAUCAUUUAUAUCGAGUAUUUAUGCUUGGGAACGAAAUGCAAUGAUAAAAAUUCAAAAAAUUGCUGAAGAAGCUCGUAGUGAUAUUCAAAAAUUUGUGGAAAAAAGAAAGAAUGAAGUUGAUAUUUCAUUAAAUAAAAUAUUUUCGGAAAUUGAAACAACUGGAAAAUCAGAUAAUUAUACAGAAAUUGAAAUUGAUAAAUGGACUAAACAAUUAUCUGAACUUCGAAAUUCACUCGAAAAACUAACGAAGAAUAUUUCUAUUGUCGAAAAUAAAAAAGUUUCUUCAAUAAUUUGUGGAAUUAAAGUUAUUGAACAACAACAACAACAGCAAGAACAAUCACUAUGUUCAACUGUCAUACUACAAACAAAUAAUCAUACAUCAGAAAAUUUAAUCGAAUCUGGUCAAGAACAUUUUGUACCAAUAUAUGGACCAUGUAGAUUAUCCGAAGAUAAAUCUCUUGUUAUACAUUCAAGUUAUCGUGCUGGAUUAUCACAAAUUAGUGGUUUUAAUAAUUAUUCAUUGGGAAAACAUUCAAUUGUAUUUUUAAUUGAAAAAAAAGGAAUAAAAAAUAUUUUUUUUGGUAUACAUUCAGCAUCAAUAGAUAUUUCUUCUUCUGAAUUUGAUCGUUCUAUUUAUGGAUGGUGGAAUCUUGAUUAUGUUAUUGUGAAUGGUGAUAAUGUUGAUGGUAAUAAUAAAGAAGAAAUAAUUCAAACAGGUGAUAAAAUAACAUUAAUUCUCGAUUGUGAUAAUCAACAAAUACAAUUUGAACAUCAUCGAAUUAAAAAACUUGUUCAUUUACCUAUAUUACUUAGUGAAUGCCCAUUUCCUUGGAAAAUACUUAUUCGAUUGAUUAAUUCAGGUGAUUGUAUUCGCAUUCUAAGAUAA